AUGGAGCAGGAAACCAAAGACAUGACUGACCAAGGAUCAAGUUUCUCUGAGGUGUGCCUUGCUGAUGGCAUGGUGAGAGAUAGAGACAAGGUGUUCGAUAAAAGUGAGACCAUUGAAAUAAAAGAAGAGCAUGUGGCUUGUAGUUAUGAUACGUGGGACAUCGAACAAGAGGACCUAGGCAACUUGUGUUUGGAUGAUGAGAUGUUUGAUGUAAAUGAGUUGUUAGUAAUGAUAUAUUCGACUCCACUAGAUGCCUCGGCUCCAGGUCAAGAUGUUUGCUAUGUUUCUCCUAAACAAGAGCAGUAUGCCUAUUAUCCUUCGUAUCAAUUGCAGAAUGCUACCUAUGAUCAGUUCUCAAAUCCAUCAUACCAGUUGGAAAAUGCAGAUGAUCAGUUCUCAAAUCCAUCAUAUCAGUUGGACAAUGCAGAUGGCAACACGGUGGAAGGUUUGCAGCAAAUGGAGCAGCAAGUACCUAUAGAGAUUUAUUACGAUCUUGAUUUUCUGAGACCAGGUGGGCAGGAGGAUUUCAACUUCUGCUUGGAUGACUUAGGUGUCUUGGAUUUCUAA